AUGGCGAAGCAGUCGUCCUCGGCGGUGUUUCGGAAGCGAUGGUUCGUGGCGCUUCUGGUCAUGUUAUCUGUGACCACUGUGAUUGCUUUCGUCAUUCGAGCCACGCUCGAUUCGUCGUGUGACUGCCACUUGGAUGUUGCCGCCGAGAAGCGGUUUCAGUCGCAGUCUGUGAAGCCGCACACUGGAGUCGGGACUUCUCCGAAUCCACUGAGUUUCAUGAAGUCUAAGACUGUGCUACUUGUUUCUCAUGAGCUCUCCCUUUCUGGGGGACCAUUGCUGCUGAUGGAGCUAGCUUUUUUGUUAAGAGGUGUUGGUGCUAAUGUUUGUUGGCUUACGAACCAGAAACCGUCAGGAACAGAUGAGGUGGUAUACAGUUUGGAGAACAAAAUGUUGGACCGAGGAGUACAGGUCUUUUCUGCAAAGGGUCAAGAAGCUGUGGAUACAGCUCUAAAAGCUGACUUGAUUGUUUUGAAUACUGCUGUUUCUGGCAAGUGGCUGGAUGCUGUUCUCAAAGAAAAUGUUCCUCGAGUUCUCCCCAAGAUUUUGUGGUGGAUACACGAAAUGCGAGGUCAUUACUUCAAUAUGGAGUAUGUCAAGCACCUUCCCUUUGUUGCUGGCGCUAUGAUUGAUUCACAUGUAACAGCAGAAUACUGGAAUAACAGGACACAUGAGCGCUUAAGGAUUAAAAUGCCCAAAACCUAUGUUGUUCACCUCGGCAAUAGCAAGGAACUAAUGGAAGUUGCUGAAGAUGGUGUGGCAAAAAGGAUUUUGCGGGAGCAUGUGCGAGAGUUUCUUGGUGUGCGAAAUGAAGAUAUACUCUUUGCUCUAAUAAAUAGUGUUUCUCGUGGAAAAGGCCAGGAUUUAUUUCUACGUUCCUUUUAUGAGAGCUUGCAACUGAUCCAAGCACACAAGUUACAGGUGCCAUCAAUUCAUGCAGUAAUUGUGGGAAGCGACAUGACUGCUCAGACCAAGUUUGAGUCGGAACUUCGGAACUUCACAGCAACAAAGAAUAUUCAAAAUCGUGUUCAUUUCGUAAACAAAACUCUGACAGUAGCUCCUUAUCUUGCUGCAAUCGAUGUUCUUGUUCAGAAUUCCCAGGUCAGUGGUCUCUUACUUUUUACUUGA